CGAUGAAAACCGUUAUCCUCUCCAGCUAAAGGUCCUGGUGUCAGUUGGCCCAACCACUGACAGUUCGAAGCUCAAGCAGGUAGAUAGAGAGAUUGAUAGAUAGAGAUUAUCAAAUGGCUUGAAGAAAACAACCCACACGCACGGCUUUUCAGAUCAGAGCGUACACUUCUUCUUCUACCCUCUCUUUUUCUUUCUUUCUUUCUGUACAUGGGUUUCACCGACAUGGGUUUAGGGUUUUGUUGUGUUUUGUGAAUUUUUGGCUACUUUUAGUGCUUUCAUAGGAGGAACAUCUUCGAUUUUGUGGAUAAAAACGUUGAAUUUUCUUUAGAUAGGAUAUCGCAUUUGUUUUUGUUGUUGUGAGCAGAGUUUUUACUGACUUUGCUACUUUAUGAGGCUAAAAAAUGUGGGUCUCUGUCCAUAUUCUUAAUCUUAAUGAGCACUUCAUUGGUCUUAUGCGCAAACUUGAUCUUUUUUGAUCCAAGUGAGUCUCGUAAGUCCUCGUAUCCACACAAUUCAUCGAAAAUUGUGGUUCAGUCGAGUGGUGGAAGAAGGCGGCUACGUGGGUUCCCUCCCAAUGCGAAGAACAGCUAUUCAAGGAAGAGAAAUUGGUGGAAGUUCUUUUUUGAGGACGACGGCAAUUGGCUUGGUUUGAAGGAUGAGGAUAUGCUUGAGGAAGAUAAUUCUGAUAGCUCAAGUCAGGAAGAGUUGUCGGAAGGUGAAAAGUUUGAAGCUUGGAAGAGGAGAGCUGAGGCAAUUAUUGAAUUAAGGGAAGCACAGGAUGAUAUGAGGAACCAAGAAAAUCGUCGGUGGGAAGAUUGGCUUGUGGAGGAGACAAAUGAUUUUGACACUUCAUCAUGGGAUCAAGAUUGGAACAAUGGACUUGGAAAAUCCAGAGAGGAUGUAAUGGCAGAUCCUAGUGAGAUGAUUCCUCAGAGAGGAUUGGUCAAGUCUGUGAGGGAUUUAGUCUUGGGGAAGGAAGAAGAUGACAUGCUAUAUGAGGAUCGUGUUUUUCGAUAUGCUUCAUUAAAUUCGGCAAAAUUUUUGGCAGUAUUGGUAACUAUACCAUGGGCCUUGGAUUUUUUGGUUCAUGACUAUGUUCUCAUGCCUUUUUUGGACAGGUACGUGAAGACUGUACCACUUGCAGCCGAGAUGCUUGACGUGAGAAGACAUCAAAAGCUGGAAAUGGUUAAGGAAUUAAAACUAGAAAAAGCAAGGUUCCGGCUUGAGGUAGAAAUCGGAAAAUCUCCACCUCUUUCCGAUGAGGAGCUUUGGUUGGAGUUACGGCAUAAAGCGUUGGAGUUGCAAGAUGAAUGGAGGUUAGAGAACCGUAAAGCAUUUGCUAAUAUAUGGUCAGAUAUGGUUUUUGGGAUCUCGUUGUUCAUUCUUUUAUACUUCAAUCAGAAUAAAUAUUAGAAGGAAGCACUCACU